UUAGAAACCGCUAGCGAGCAACAUUUGCUGCACGAAAACUAUUCUUUCACAACACCUAACAGAGGAAAACAGCCUUUUCAGUGUUUAAACGCGUCAGCGUUUUCAUUGAACAUCUGAGCCACAUGACCACAAGUCUAUCUGUCAUGUGAAUGCUGCCCAUAUGACACGCAGCGUUUCCUGUUCAGCUGAAUACAGACGGUCGGUAUAAUCAUUAGAAAACUGCAUUCGCGCACAUAUGCACUUUAAAACCUUGCAAGUCCAUAGAAUGCAAUACACUUCAAUGGAAUAAUGCAUUCAGACUGUAUUUUUGAAAGCCUAAUUUUUCAUACGAAGUCAAACAAUGGCAAACAAGUACUCUAAAAGACACACGAAACAAAACGCACUGGAAAAUGAAACUGAGCAAGCAUCACUUGCACUGACUGUAGAGAAGCAUGAAAGACAAGGCCAAGUGGAGGUGAUCUCUGGGUCAGCAUGGCAGGGCUUCAGGAGGAAAGUGUGUCUGCUGGUGCCAUACAUGUGGCCCAGGGGAAGUGUGGGGUUGCAGGCUCUGGUGAUUCUGUGUGUUGGGCUGCUGGGACUUGAGCGGGUCAUCAAUGUGUUUGUACCCAUUUACAGCAGGAAUAUAGUGAACCAGCUGUCAGCGAUGGAGAGCUGGAGAACCCUGGCCAUCACGGUCUGUGUUUACGUCCUCCUUAAGUUCUUGCAGGGCGGAGGGGUAGGGACAUCAGGGUUUGUCAGUAACUUGCGCAGCUUCCUGUGGACUUAUGUCCAGCAGUACACCAGCCGUGUGGUGCAGGUCCGUCUUUUCACUCACCUGCAUGACCUGUCUCUACGCUGGCACCUGGGCCGCCGCACCGGAGAUGUCCUGCGCAGCAUUGACCGUGGAACCUCCUCAGUCAACAACUUGUUAAGCUAUAUUGUGUUCAGCAUUGUACCCACUAUUGCUGACAUCAUCAUUGCCAUCAUCUAUUUUGUGACGUACUUCAGUGCCUGGUUCGGCCUCAUUGUUUUCAUUUGCAUGUUUCUCUACCUCACUAUCACCAUCAUUAUCACUGAAUGGAGGACCAAGUACAGGCGGGAAAUGAACACACAGGACAACAUUGCCAAGUCAAAAGCAGUGGACUCACUUCUCAACUUUGAAACCGUAAAGUACUAUAAUUCAGAGGGUUUUGAAGUCAGGCGCUUUGAGGAUGCUAUCCUGAAAUAUCAGGCAUGUGAAUGGAAGACCAAUGCUUCCCUGGCUCUCCUGAACCAAACUCAGAACCUGAUUAUUGGAUUUGGCCUGUUGGCCGGAUCCCUGCUUUGUGCAUACUAUGUUACAGUGGACAAGUUUCAAGUUGGUGACUAUGUUCUUUUUGGAACCUACAUUAUUCAGCUCUACACUCCACUCAACUGGUUUGGUACAUAUUAUAGAAUGAUCCAAAGUGCAUUUGUUGACAUGGAGAGCAUGUUUGAACUGCUAACAGAGGAAAAAGAGGUAAAGGAUGAUGUGAAUGCAGGAGACCUUUUGUUCACAGAAGGAAGGGUUGAUUUCCAGAACGUGUGCUUUAGUUACACUGCUGGGAAAGAAAUUCUCAGUGAAAUCUCAUUCACAGUGAUGCCUGGUCAGACAGUUGCACUGGUUGGUCCAUCCGGAUCAGGAAAAAGCACCAUCAUCCGUUUGCUUUUCCGUUUUUAUGACGUGCAGGGUGGCUGCAUCCUCAUCGAUGGUCAGGACAUCUCUAAGGUCAGGAAACAUGACAAUAGAGACACUUUUAUGGUCGGAUGUUAA